AUGUCUUCUGAAUCUGCUCUAAAGGCAUCCAAAAAAGUUCAAUUUGUUACUCCAGAAAAACCAGACUUAUUGGUAAAUGUUUUAAAGAGCAGUGGCUUCUCAGAAACCCAAAUCUCAGACCUCAUCAGAAAGCGCCCAAAUCUGCUUUUGUGCAAUCCUGAGAAAACCCUUUUGCCAAAACUUGAGUUUUUUCACUCCAAAGGCGUUUCAAGUCUUGUUCUUGCAAAACUUUUAUGUCGGGACCCUAGCAUCUUACAAACGAGCUUAAACAAAAAAUUAAUCCCUUCCUUUCAUUACCUUAGUAACUUGCUUCAAUCAAGUGAAAAGGCUAUUACUGCUGUUAAACGCUCUCCAAGCAUUAUUUGUCAUGAUCUUCAAAAAUUGAUUGCACCUAAAGUCGGUUAUUUGCGAGAUAAUGGUGUGCCUGAAUCGAAUAUUUUUAGGUUACUUAGUAAUUGGACUUGCAUAUUUAUAAAUGACUUUAGUCGGUUUAAAGAGACUGUGGACUUGGUAAAGAAAAUGGGUAUAAAUCCUGCAAGGUCACAGUUUGUUAUUGCUAUUCAUAUAAUGAUGGCAAUUUCCAAAUCUCUCUGGGAUAAGAAGAUUGAUGUUUACAAGAGGUGGGGUUGGUCUGAGGAAGAGAUUCUUACAGCAUUUCGAAAGAAUCCUUGGUGUAUGACUACAUCUGUGGAUAAGAUUAUGGGAGUGAUGGACCAUUUUGUAAACAAAAUGGGUUGGGAGCCUUCUGUCAUUCUGAAGCAGUCAAAUCUUCUUUCACUCAGCUUGGAGAAGAGAAUAGUUCCUCGUGGUUCAGUUCUUCAAUAUCUGUCAUCCAAAGGUUUGCUUAAGAAUAAUUUUCUCUCGGCCACACCUUAUACCAUUCGUGAAGAAACCUUCCUGCAGAAAUUUGUUAAUUGCUAUGAUGAAGCUCCCCAGCUAAAGAAGCUGUACAAAGAGAAGCUGGAUCUUUCAAAAAAGAGAGACUGA